AAAUCUCUCGCUCAAAUCUCCACCACCACCGCCUCCGCCUCCUCCUCCGGAACCCACCGAGAGAGAAAUGAGAGAUGGUGGGUUUAAGCAUAGUUUUGGAGGCCCAAAAGGGUGUUAUUAACCACAAUAACAAGAAAAUCCCGCAAGUCAUCAACAAAACCACCAUGAUCAUCAACAACAAAAACAAACCCUCUUCUUCUUCUUCUUCUUCUUCAACUUCAAAGAGAUUGUCUCAGUCCUCUUCCUUCCCUGUACCUACUUUUCUUGAGCAUUGUUUUCUUUGCAGACAGAAGCUCUUGCCUGGAAAAGACAUCUACAUGUACAAAGGGGACAGGGCUUUUUGUAGCGUGGAGUGCCGGUGCAGGCAGAUAUUCAUGGACGAGGAAGAGAGUCUAAGUAAAAAAAACUGCUCAUUGGCUGCCAUGAAGCCCACCUCUGCAUCUGCUUCUGCUGCUGCUGCUGCUUCACCGUCUGGUUCUCGUCACGGCAACAAAGGGGCCAGAAACCGACCCGGUGGUUUUGCAUGCUGAGAGAGAGGGGGAGAGGGCAGAAACUGAACAUGGAAAUUGCUUUUGGCCCUUUGUGAAGUUUAUUCCAGUUUUACCCCUGUUUCUUUUUGUAAGGACUUGAAUGUCCUCUGCUAUUUUUGCCACCUUGAAUGAAGCGAGAGAGGCAUAGAACCUUUUGUCUCCCCCAAUUACUCUUGCCUGGCAUUUUGCGACGCUUGGAGGGUAUUUGUGGAAAGUUAUUAACACAGGCUUAAACAUGUUAGAAUUUAUGAGUUUAAGGCAUUAUGAGAGUUAUCAUUUUCUUGGUAUAA